CAAAGUAUAAGUACAAUUGUACAAACCGACGACUACAUUCUCCCCCGUUAGUAUUCCGAUUAUCUAGAUGAAACUGCGACCGUGAUCCGACGGUCGGCAAAUUCUCCGCAGGAUUUGGUACUUUACUGUUCGUUCUCCUCUACUCAUAAGCAAAUCGAUUUAGAGGAAAGCUAAUAUGGGAACAGAAAGUGUCAAUUGGCAUUCAGUUUUAGAUUGUGACCAAUGGGUUGCCCUCCCAGUAGCUGGGCAACGACCAUCAGCCCGCUAUAAGCAUGCUGCAGUUGUUGCUGAUGAAAAGUUAUACAUUGUUGGUGGAAGUCGUAAUGGGAGAUACUUAUCUGAUGUUCAGGCAUUUGAUCUGAAAAACUUAAGUUGGUCCACAAUUAAAGUAAGCACAACAUUAGAAUCUGAAAUUUUCCCUGCUGUAUCUGGUCAUAGUAUGGUUAAGUGGGGAAACAAACUCCUCCUUCUUGGUGGCCACUCAAAGGAUACCUCUGAUAAUGUGACAGUGCGUUUCAUUGAUCUUGAAUCACAUGUAUGUGGGACACUGGAAGCCACAGGAAAAGUUCCGGAAGCUCGUGGUGGACAAUCUGUUUCAUUGGUUGGUUCAAAACUCAUAAUGUUUGGUGGAGAAGACAAAAAGAGAAGACUUAUGAAUGAUGUUCAUGUUCUUGAUCUUGAGACAUUAACAUGGAAUGUUGUUGAGACUAUACAGACUCCUCCAGCUCCCAGAUUUGAUCAUACAGCUGCAGUGCAUGCAAACCGUUACCUUCUAAUAUUUGGUGGCUGUUCUCAUUCAAUUUUCUUUAAUGAUCUACACGUGUUGGAUUUGGAAACAUUAGAAUGGUCCCAACCAGAAAUUCAAGGUGAUUUGGUGUCUCCUAGGGCAGGCCAUGCUGGCGUCUCUAUUGAUGAAAAUUGGUAUAUUGUUGGUGGUGGCGAUAAUAAAAGUGGUGCCUUGGAGACAUUGGUGAUGGAUAUGUCAAAACUUGUUAUCUCAACAUUGACAAAUGUGAAGGGAAGAGAUCCACUCGCCAGCGAGGGGCUGUCUGUAUCAUCAGUGUUAAUAGAUGGUGAACACUAUUUGGUUGCUUUUGGGGGGUAUAAUGGGAAAUAUAGCAAUGAGGUAUUUGUGAUGAGACCAAAACCAAAGGAUUCUAAACAUCCAAAGAUCUUUCAGUCGCCAGCAGCUGCAGCAGCAGCAGCUUCGGUAACUGCAGCAUAUGCCCUAGCCAAAUCUGAAAGCUUAGAGUUCACAACCAUGGAUUCAAAACCUAAAGUGGAUCUUUCAGUUGAAGUUAAUAUGAUCAAAGGAGAGAAAAAAACAUUGGAAUCGUCAGUUACCGAGGUCAAAGCAGUAAAUUCCAGUCUAAUGGAAAAACUUGAGGAAUGUAAUGGUGCUCAUGUUGACUUAUCCAUGGAAUUGCAUUCUGUUAAAGGCCAAUUGGCUUCUGAAAGAUCAAGAUGUGCUGAACUAGAGGCACAGAUCUUCGAUCUACAGAAGAUGUUAUCAUCAAUGGAGUCCAUUGAGCAAGAGGUUCAAACACUUCGCUCUGAAAAAUCAGCAAUAGAGCAUGAUAUGGAAGUUUCUGUGACUGAUGAAAAGCAAGGUUCAGGUGGAGGUGGAGUCUGGAGAUGGAUAGCUGGAUAAAUUGGUGAUAUGAUACGGAUCAAACUUGCAAUCUUAUAGCAUCUUAAAGGUUGAAUAUUUCAUUCAUUAUAAGUCAAAUAGUCCAAAUACUUUUUUUUCGUUUAAUUGUUUCAAAUUAUAGGAAUGAGCUUCUACAUUUUGUGACAUGUGAUGGUAAUUGAUUGGGAUCAAUUUUGAUCCAUUUGAAUUGAUGCUAUUCAAUUAAAAUAUUAAAUGGUUUA